AUGUCGAAGAAGACGCUUGGUGUUCAGAGCUUGCUUUACGAAGAGCUGCUCGAGUGUGAUCCUGACGAAUACAAGCGCCUACUGCGCGUCAGCAGCACGCAGUUUUUUGAACUUCUGGCCCGCGUUCAACAUAGGAUCGUGCGGCAAGAAACCAUCAUGAGGCCAUCUGUGUCAGCGAAGACACGGCUUCAAAUCACUCUUCGGUUCCUUGCCACAGGGGAAACGCACUACUCCUUAAGCCGACAGUUCAGGGUAGGACACUCAACUGUCAACCAGCUCAUAGAAGAGACAUGUGUGGCCAUCUACCUGGAGCUGAAGGACGAAUUCUUGAAGACUCCCAAGACUGGUGGAGAGUGGUCUGCCACCAUGCAAGACUUCAAAGAAAAGUGGCAGUUCCCAAAUUGUAUAGGGUGA